CCAAUAUAAACAAAGCUGAUAAUGAUAAAGCCAAAAUUGCCGAGAUUUAGUAGUGGUGCAUUCCGGAAACAACCGCGUCUUUUUAAUUUAGUCAAUAUCAAAGUUUUAGGAUCAAUUUCAGUGAUACCGAACCGCAAAAUCAUGAACCAACGAAAGGAAAUACCCAUGAACCAUCUGUUCGACGGCAGUGAUCUGAACGUGUACGAUCAGCAGGUCGCUAACCUGUCGGCCGGUGCGCCAGGGCCGAAUCUGUUGAGCGAAUGCUGCUCCGUGAUGCGCAAAGCCACCGAACAUCGAAUGAACUUUGAACUUCAAAACAAUUCUUAUCUCUUCCAAUAUGGUCCCACUAUUGGAACGAACGAGUUUCGACAAACGUUGGCCGAGUUUCUUUCAAGGGGAUAUCGAGAAGAUGUAAACAAAUCCGAUCUUGUCAUGACUUCGGGUGCGACCCAUGGUCUGCACCUGAUCCUCUCGACGCUGAUCGAUUUGGGCGGCGUUAUCUUUGUUGAUGAAGUCACCUACAUGAUUGCGCUGGAAGCUUUCCGCCAGUUCGAAUCGAUGAAGAUUGUGCCAGUUCCUUGGAAUGCCGAUGGACCUAAUCUGGUUGCCCUUGAACGACUAGUCGAUCAGCAUAAAUUCCGCCCGUCCGGAAGUAAAUUAUUUUGGGGCGUCUACUACACCAUUCCCACCUUCCACAAUCCGACCGGAAUUUUGUUUACCGAAGAAACCAACCGAAACCUGAUAAGAUUGGCCCGAUCCAGCGAUAUGCUGAUAGCGUGCGACGAUGUCUACAAUCUGUUGAGCUAUCACCAGCAGCAGCUCGAUGGAAACAGGCGCAGCCAUCAGCCUCCGAAACGGCUUUACGCCUACGAUAUCGCGGACAUGAUAGCCGCAGACAAUUGGCGCGGAAACGUUAUCUCCAACGGGUCGUUCUCGAAAAUUAUGUCUCCAGGGCUGCGCCUCGGCUGGAUGGAGUGUCCCCCCAGAUGCAUUGAGGUGUUCAGGAACUGUGGCAUUCUCAAGAGUGGCGGUGGGGCGAAUAACUUCACCGGAGGACUAAUAACGAGCGCGAUCCAGUUGGGUCUUGCCGAGCAGCUUCUAAGCCAAUACAGCGAGAAGUACGCUGAACGUCUCCGGGCAGUUUGCGAAACACUUGAUGCUCAUCUUCCCGAGGGAUGUUCCUACGUGAAACCCACCGGAGGUUACUUCAUUUGGGUUCGUUUUCCAGACCACGUGGAUUGCACCGACUUCAAUGGGUAUUGCAUGAACAAGUACCAAGUGACGGCGAUUGCGGGCUCCAGAUUUUCUUCUACAGGUUCUCAUCGAAACUGCCUUAGGCUAACGUUUUCUUUCCACGACGCUGAUUUUUUGAGGAAAAGUGUUGAGAAGUUGUGCCAAGCAGCCAAGAACUAUUUGAUUGAGAACCCAUAGUAAGGAAAAAGAACUUUAUCUGCUCAUAAAAAAAUCUGUUGCAAUAAAAUACGAUUUUACUCAUCACUGUU